UAGCACGUAUAUUGUGCUCUCAUAUGUUACGACAUCACACGACCCAUUUACGGCAACGUGUAAGAAUUAGAAACAUCAAGUGUUCCUGUCUUCCCUGAAACACCAUCAUGAAUAUUCGAUGUGCACAGCCCGAGGACCUGAUGAACAUGCAGCAUUGUAAUCUGCUGUGUUUACCAGAAAACUAUCAGAUGAAGUACUACUUUUAUCACGGACUCUCAUGGCCACAGUUAUCUUAUGUAGCAGAAGAUGAAGGUGGUAAAAUUGUUGGCUAUGUUCUGGCAAAGAUUGACAGGGAGGAAGACCCAGAGGACUCCGUACCACAUGGACAUAUCACAUCCUUGGCAGUGAAGCGAUCCCACAGAAGGCUAGGACUGGCUAAGAAGUUGAUGGACCAGGCUUCUCGAGCGAUGGUGGAGUGUUUUGAUGCUCAGUAUGUCUCCUUGCAUGUGAGGAAAAGCAACAGGGCAGCCCUACAUCUCUAUACCAACACAUUGGGCUUCUCAAUCAGUGAAAUAGAACCGAAGUAUUAUGCAGACGGAGAAGAUGCUUACGCUAUGAGGAAAGAUCUGACUGAGAUUAAGGAUCAGCAUGGACUUCGACAACUACAGCCUGAAAGCAUAACAGCAUCCUGAGCUUCCUGAUUCUUUGAUAGCGGCUCUAGUCCAUGUAGGGGUUGAUGACAUAAACUCUGUUUUCAAAAGACUACAAACUACAAGUGUCAUUGAUCAAAGGACAAUGUGACAGGACUGGUGAAAAGAAUUUGUAAAUUUCAGGAGUGUGGAAAGUGAACACUUAGUCCCUUCAUGAAGACAGAUGAUGGUGCAUUGAGAAAGAGCAGGAGAUAGAACAAAAAAGUCAGAAAUAUAUUAAUAAGAUGAGUGAGAGAAAGACAAAUAAGUCAGAAAUAUAUGAAUAAGAUGAGCAAGAGAAAGACUAAGAGAGAAAGAAAGAUGACAAUAGCUAGAGAGAAGAAAGGUGAUGGAGAGAGGAAAGUGUGCAAACUAGAUAAUAAGAAGAGGUUAGGGAGAGCAAAUGGAUGAGAGAAAGAUGAAAAUAGAGAGAGCAAGAGAGGAGAUAGUGAUAGAGAGAAAGUUGUAAGAGUGAGCAAAACACAAAACCACAGAAUGAACUAGUUUUUCCUGAUAUUAAAUCAUGAGCUUUUGUAUGAAUUAUACCUCCACCUGUUGGUACAGAUCAGAUUAUUGAUAACCAUAGGUUAUUGUUUGUUGUGGACCUUGUUAUUACCUGUGUAAAUGUGAUGACAGGUAUAAGGAAAAUGUUUUCAUAGGAUUACAGAAGAAUAGUUCAAAAUUAAAAUUUUUGCCACUCUUAAAUGAACAUUAGAGAGAGUUCAAAGAUAUUACUGAGACAGUUUCUUGUUUGACAAUGCUGUAUAUGUUGUAAAUACUUCUGAAAAGUUAUAUUUUGUCGCUGAAUUUGAGGAUACAAUUUCUUGAAAGCAACAUUAGAAUGUAUUAUGGUCCGUUUUCUUCAUAAUUACAUGUUUUUUGCUUAAAUUUUUCAGUUAAAGCGCAAAAUAUUGAAUCAUUCAAAAAAAAUUAAUACAAUAAGUCAUUGUAUUGUAUGUUUUGUUCUAUUACACCAGAAAUAAUAUUUUCCGUAGAGAAUAUUCUGACUCAGCCAAUGUGUACUUAUUUAUAGUUUGCAAAAUGUUUGUAUGACAUUGUACAAAUGUGGACUGAAUCAUUAAAUUAUGUGCUUCUGAUCUUUGAAAUAAAGAGAUAUAAUGAG